UGCCAGCCUUACCCUAACACUAAAAAUUGGGGUUCCUCUUCUUCUCUCUCUUAAAAUCAGAAGUUGUAAUUAUAAAUUCGAAAUCCUUCUCUUCUCUCUCUCUCUCGCUCUACUCUUAUUUGUGAGAAUGGCAAAGUCUGAGAAUCGAGAAGCUGGCUUCGCCAAGAGGCGCGCGAGUUUGUUCAACAAGGCACACGAACUUGCAGUUCUUUGCGAUGCUCAAAUCGCCAUUAUCAUUAUUUCCUCUCAAGGCAAAGUCCAUGAUUUUGCUACUUCUAGCAUGCAGGAAAUUCUAACAAGAUACAAAACGUGCAAUGAGAUUAAAAAUCGUAAUGCGAAUCAAGAGAACCCCGAGGAAGAGGUGCCAAAGGAGGCUGGUGUCUCCGGACAGCAGAAGGAAGACGAACUCAAAUCAAGGCAGAAAUUGUUUGGUAAAGACUUAUCAGGUAUGACCUCACAGGAAUUAAAUGGGCUUGUGGAGAAAUUAAAAGAAGGGAUGUUGUUCAUUAAGGAUACAAAGAUGCAACUGUUGAAGCAUGAAUUAGAAAAAUCAAGAAAGCAGGAACAGCAAGUGGUGCAGAAAAACCUGAUGCUGCAGAGACAGGUUAACGAGCUUCAAGACUUUUACGCAAGAGUUUAUUAUCCGUUGCCAAUUUCAAUUCACUACCCUGCAACGGAGCGCGAUAGAGGACUUCUUCCACAUGCCAAUCUUUCUCUUGCUAUCACCAGUAGCUCUGAACCAGAGCAACAUGCAUCAAAUGAACCAGAGAAAAAUGCAUCAAAUGAAAUAUCUCCCCCAUCAACUAGUUCUGCAGAGCCUAAAGUCAGUGAUUGCAGAUCUCCAACGCAACACAAUCCCCAGCAGCCUGCUGAUAAAGAUAGUUCCAAGAACCAUUCUGGGAGCAAGAGAAACACUAGUUAGUGUUACUAACAAUGGCAUUAAGCUAUUAGGCUUUAAUAGUGCACACAAGUUUUUGUCUUUUUUUGUGUUUACUAAUACAAGUUAUAUAAGUAAUGAUCAUCAAUUUUUUUGAAAAA